ACUACUCACUUCACAGUUAGCACGAACUGAGCAUACAUCGUAUAUAUCGAAACUUUGAUACUGGAGAUAAUGGCUUCAACUGAACCCCCAAAAGCUGUCACCAUCCACGAGCGCUGCCGCAUUGCGCCAUCCUCUGACGGCGGCUCCGAGCAAGUAUCUCUUCCUCUAGUGUUCUUCGACAUGGUGUGGCUGCACUUCCACCCAAUCCAGCGACUUAUCUUCUACAACUUUCCAUGUGCCAAUGAACAUUUCAUGGAAACACUCGUUCCAAAUAUAAAAAAGUCCCUCUCCCAAACCCUCAAACACUUCCUUCCCCUGGCUGGAAACUUGAUCUACCCACUGGAAUCAGGAAACCCUGAAUUUCGCUACAUUCCAGGGGACUCAGUUUCCGUCGCCAUUGCCGAGUCCAAUGAAGCUUCUGAUUUCCAUUACCUGACAGGAGAUGAACCCCGAGAUGCUGACAGGUUUUACGCUCUAGUCCCUGCUUUGCCGCGGCCUGAGAUCGAUUUCGAGUCGGGUUUCAAGAGAAUUCCUGUUUUUGCUGUGCAAGUAACUCUUUUCCGGGACACCGGCAUUUGCCUCGGACUCACCAACCAUCAUGCCGUCGGGGAUGGCAGCUCAAUAGUGGGAUUCAUAAAAGCCUGGAGUGCAGUUUCCAUGCUCGAGGCAGCUUCUGAACUUUCAGCAGCAAACUUUCCGUUCCCAUUUUACGACAGGUCUGUGGUUAAAGACCCAUCAGGGCUGGGAAACGCUUUCUGGAGCCAAAUGAAUGUUUCCAGGAUCGAGUCUUUGCCGCUGAAUUUCCCCACAAACAAAGUACGAGCAACUUACACUUUGCCCAAAAACGACAUUCAGAAACUCAGGAAUUUGGUUCAAGCCAAGAAACCAGGUUUAGUUCACUUAUCAUCUUUCACUAUCACAACGGCUUACGUUUGGACUUGCUUGGUAAAAUCUGCGGCGGGAGCCGGGGAGGAGGUUGACGACAACGAGCCGGAGUACUUCGUAUUUGCAGUGGACGCACGGCGGAGACUGGACCCACCGGUGCCGGCAGCAUAUUUCGGCAACUGCGUAGCCUUCGGCAUGGUGGAAUCCACGCAUGGGCAACUGAAAGUAGAAAACGGCUUUUCCGUGGCAGUCGAGUUAAUCGGAGAAGUGAUUUGCAAAAGGGUUAACAAUAAGGAUGAAAUCUUAAGAGACGCCGAGAGUUGGGUGUCGAAAUUCAGCGGGUUGGUCAGAAAACGGGCAAUGGGGGUUGCGGGGUCGCCCAGGUUCGACCUGUAUGAUACGGAAUUCGGGUGGGGAAAGCCGAAAAAGUAUGAGGUGGUGUCCAUUGACGGGUCAGAAUCCAUGUCACUUUGCAAGUCCAGGGAAUUGGAGGGUGGUCUGCAGAUCGGGUUGUCUUUGCCCGAGAAGAAAAUGAGAGCUUUCGCAGCGAUUUUCUCUGCUGGAUUAAAGAUAUGAACUCGGACAUGGAUGAUCAAACAUUCUCUAAUUUCUGUGCUACCUAGCUGAUAUUGUACCAUCAAAGUUUCAUAGUGGAGAUGUUUGAAAGUCUUUGAUUGUUCAAUAAAAUCCCUUCUUUUUCUAG